AUGGAUUACAACAAAAAUUUAUAAAUAUGCAAAGGAUUUUUAAAGCUUAUCAGACCAGAACGUGAAAGUAUAUAUUUUCAGUUUUGGUAAGAUAAAUCCAGAUUUCGUGGAGCGUCAUGGCAAGUUCGAGAAAAUUACCUCUCCGACAGCGCCUCAUCGCAAGAGAAGUAAACGAUGUGAAAUCACUAGACCUCUGGCGCGCAUGCUUGGCAGAGUUUUUGGGCACCGGCUUGUUAGUGUUUUUGUCCGUUGGUGCCGGACUUUCGCCGGAAGGAAGUCCUCCGGUCUCCAGUGUUCACAUCGCCCUGGAAGCAGGGUUCUUUAUUGCGGCCAUCAUCACGACCUUGAACACUGUAAGUGGAGGUCAUGUGAAUCCCGCCAUCAGCCUGGGAUUUCUCUUCACGGGUCACAUCGGAUUCCUCCGUUUCCUGUUGUAUAUUACGUCACAAUUUAUCGGUGGCAUCGCUGGAUGUGCUUUAUUAAAGGCCUUGACCCCUGAAAAUCUCCAUCAAGGCAGUUUUGGGGUCAUUUCUCCUGGGCAAAAUGUUACGGCUUCACAAGCUUUCGGUGCAGAGGUCGUGAUUACGUUCCUCCUGGAUUUCAGUACCUUUUCGUUUGUGGAUAGUGGGAGACAUGAUAUGUCGGGUUCUGUUCCGCUAAUGAUUGGUAUCAUUGUGGUCUUGAAUAUCUUUGCGAUGUUUAAUGUGUCGGGGGGAUGCAUGAAUCCAGUACGGAAUUUUGCUCCGAUGGUUAUUACAGGGAAUUACACUCACGCUUGGGUGUACUGGAUGGGACCUAUGGUUGGAGGUGGACUAGGAGCCUUGGCAUACGAUAAGGUGUUUUCCACACGGGUUUGCAAAACGAGGUUGAAAAGUUGUGUAGGUGGCGUGUCCAAAACCGACGAGGAGACGGUGGCGGCAAAAGAGGAGGAAAACGGAAAUAUCAGCAUAAAACUCCUAGAUUCAGGACAGGACUCUUAGUGAUGAGUCACGUGGUCAUACAGGGAUGCUCUAUAUCUAAUAUAUAUCAUUGUUUUAUUCACACGUGUAAAAUGAAAUAUGCUACAUGUAAACAACACGCUCAUAAUGUCAAUAUUUGUUCUAUUAAUAUAGUAUUGCAGUAAGCUGUGAUAUGUACGUGUAUUUUAUAUUAUUUAUAUGUAUUGUUAUAUUUUGAUAUUGAAGAGUGUCCAACCCUUUCUAUGCGGAAUAACUUGUACCAUUUAUCAACGUAUUCGAAUUAAUGAUUAAAAGAAUACAAACCAU